GAACGCUGGGGAAGUUUUCAGAGACACUGACGAGCUCCCGACAGACGGACACUCUGGCAUCUGUUGGACCUGUUGGAUUGUAGAAAACACAAUCUGACGACAAAGUUUGGAGAGUUUCUCGUUCUGCUGCGGCUUCAGCGGAUUUAUUGCGCUUGUGUGACCCCGCAGAUCCAACCGUCGGUGCGCUGACACGCGGCACAAACAUGUUUUUAUGCAACACGAGCGCCAUAAAGGACUGGAGCUACUUUCUGUCUCAGAUACUGCCUCUGAUGAACAAAACCACAGGCUUGGUGAACAUGGACAAAGCGGAGGAUGUGACGACCACCAUGGUGACGGCUCUGCAGCCGGACAGCGCCAUGAGCGCCAGCAACCCGCCGCUCAACUCCAACCACACGUCGGGCAUGGAGCACGUCCUCCAGUACUCGUACUCGGAGAGUGACCUGCUGUACACGGACUACCGGACACCUGCACGAGACUCCAUCCCGCUGCCCAAAGCGGUCCUCUACCUGGUCAUGGCGGCGCUGGUGGUGGUGGCGGUGGCGUACGCGAUAGUUGGACACCUGGUCAAAGAUGUGGUCAAUGAAUUUGUCGGUGGAGGCAGGUCGAUCGUCACUGAAGGUGACAGCGGUGAAACCAGCGAACCAGACUGGGUGUUUGGCUCUCGUCGAGUCACCAGGGGCAACAAGACCGAGAUAAACUGCAUCACCAGCAGCAUGAACGAGAUGAGUGAGCUGGGCGAGAGGCCUCGGCUGAUGGACCUGAGCUACAUAUCGCUGAACCACACCAACUGCCUGAGCUCCAGCAGGCCGGAGGAGAUAGUGGUCACCAUAGACGAGACACUGCAGCAGCGACCUCCGGACACUCGCUCUGGGACUUAACUGGGCCUUUCUGACCUCCCCUGAGAGAAACAUGGCAGCGUAUUUGCUUGCAUUUCUUGUCCAAGUGGAUUUACAAGCCUUUCAUGAAUCAAAGCUCUAUCCACUGUUUUGUCAGCUGCAGGUGGCCUGUAAUACCUGUGUCAUGCCAGCCUGUGCUGGAACAUUGGAGGCAUCAGAUGCUGAUGCUUGUGUCAGACUGGACUCCUUUGUGUGGAGCGCACCAGCGAGGACGUCUGCAGCUUCUCUUGGACAAGCAGUCUGAGAAAGUAUUUACUGCCCUCUUUUCCAGUUGGUCCCUUGUGAAAAUAUCCCUGUGUUCACUGUAACCUCACACAGUAUGUAAUCACUGUACAUGUACAACAGCCACCGGUCAGUGCUUAUUGUAUUAUUGCUGUUAGCAAGGUUAAACACGUCAAUCACAUCAACCCCUUCUUUUCCACUUUGAGGCUGUGAGACAGAGUUUUUUUGUACUUCUUGUAAAAUUUGUG